GUCAGAUUCUGGGUUGAUGUCCAAGGUAUGUUUGUGUACUCUUUUUCGUCCGAUAAUAAACUUGACGGACACGAAAAUGUCAAAUAAUUGAGCUGAUCUAGAUCCAACGGGAACGUAUCUAGCACGUUCAGUUCCUCACUGAAGUACCCUCCCUUCUCUCUCUGCGCGCCGCGCCUAACCCAGAAUUCAGAUUCAAGCAAACAUGAACCCAAUGUCGAUCUGCACUUCGUCGUCCUCGUCAUCCUCAAGUUCAACCAAAUUAUGGAUCGUGCACGGCGUGGCAGUCGGAGCUGCGGUUGCGGUGGCUCUCGGCGCUUAUCUCCACCGAUCGAGCAAGUUGCGAAGCCGGGUCGUCGGAAUUAUACCUGCCCGUUUCGCUUCUUCUCGGUUUCAAGGCAAGCCUCUUGUUCAGAUCCUCGGAAAGCCCAUGAUACAGAGAACUUGGGAAAGAGCAAAACUGGCCGCUACACUGGAUCGUGUUGUGGUGGCAACGGAUGAUGAAAAAAUUGCUGAAUGUUGUCGAGGAUUUGGUGCUGAUGUGAUAAUGACAUCAGAAUCUUGCCGCAAUGGUACAGAACGGUGCAAUGAAGCGCUUCAAAAGCUUGAGAAGAAAUAUGAUAUUAUAGUCAAUAUUCAGGGGGAUGAGCCUCUAAUUGAACCGGAAGUAAUCGAUGGGGUAGUCAAAGCACUGCAGGCUGCCCCUGAUGCUGUGUUCAGCACUGCAGUGACAUCUUUGAAACCUGAAGAUGCAUUCGAUCCAAAUCGGGUGAAAUGCGUAGUAGAUAAUCGUGGUUAUGCAAUCUAUUUCUCAAGGGGACUGAUUCCAUUUAACAAGUCAGGGAAGGUCAAUGCUCAGUUCCCAUAUUUGCUUCACCUAGGAAUCGCGAGCUACGAUUCAAAGUUCCUCAAGAUAUAUCCAGAGCUGUCACCUACUCCAUUGCAACUGGAGGAAGACCUUGAACAACUAAAAGUCCUCGAGAAUGGGUACAAGAUGAAGGUGAUAAAGGUUGACCAUGAGGUUCAUGGAGUUGACACCCCAGAGGAUGUUGAAAAGAUAGAAAGUUUCAUGCUUGAAAGGAACUUGUCUUAGUUUUGGCAAUGCAAAUUGUCUGUAAAGGUGUGUGUUAUAGACUUACAGUAAAAACUAUUAGUCAAUCUUGUAGACUUUUUACAUUAUAGAGUUAAAAGAAUCUACCUACUUCAAUAACUCUUAUUUGGGUCCAAUGUUUCCCAUACCCAGAAAGCUUAAUCUUUUAGUUUCUUGUUACAGUUUUUUGGUUGGGUAUCUAGAAUGAAUGAAUGAAAUCGAUUAAUUUUGAAAACUCUUGGAGAGAGAUCCCUCUG